CGUGGGGUCAAGGGUACUUUUGAGGGUGGUGGUGGUGGGAAGAUUGAAUUUUUCCACGGUCAACGAUCCUAACCCAACCAGUCAGUGAUGCGUGAUGAUGGUCCCGCGUGUCGUAUUCGGGAUGGUGAUUCGGAAGAGUGAGAUUUGAAAAUCAAACACGAAAGCUCUUAUCGCGUCCCGUCGGUCUAAUCGGGGUGGUGUCGUGGUUGGGGCGACAAAUAAGUGAUUGACCCACCCUACCGCUUACCGUGAGAACAAGUGUUUGCCAUUUUCCGUGAUCGAAAUAGGCUAACAGCUAACAGCCCAUCGAUUUGUGGCCUGCUUUGAUUGAAGAGUUUUCUUCCGAAAAUGUGCACCAGCACCAGUUUCUGUGCUAGCAGUGUGACCUGAGGAAAGCCCAAAACGAAAAUGAACGGUGCCCAUAGAAGAGGGUUCGAGGAAAAACAAAGUGCUCGCGUGCUAAGAAAUAGGAUCCCCGAAACGGAGUAGGCUAUAGCCAACCACGUUGUGAUUAAUUAUAAAUCAGCUCUAGCUCUAGCCGGGCCUGCUAGGAUCAACAGCGACCAACCGAGCAAGUGAGUGAGUGAGUGAGUGAGCGACCGAGGAAAAGCUCCUGCAAAGUGGAAAACAAACGAAUAGCUUCGGUGCCUUCUUAGUAGGCAUUGGGUUUCGUCGGUAUUCGUCGAAGGCCAUCCGGCCUAAUAGCGCUUGAACAUGGUCCAGCCGUCAUGGUCCGUUGGAAGCGCCAUUGCCAGCGGGACCGGUGGCCGUUGGGCGCUGGGAGUCAUCAUCCUGACGCAACUGAUAGCCUACAACGAAACGGGGGGUCCCGGCAUGAUGAUAAGCAUGACCAUCGCAGCCGUGUUUGCUGUGUUCUCGGGUGUGUGCAAGGCCAGCGUCAAAUCACUGCAGAUGUACUACAUUCGGACCACCCACCGGACGGAUUUCCUCUGUUUGUUCCUCGCCAAGUGGAUGGAUAUCCUGGCGCUGUUUUCGGCAUGUGCUGUUCUCGUCAGGACGCUGAGCUCGUCGCUCGAUGCCAUGACCGGUGGUCUGGCAAGGAUGUAUAUUUUGGGUCGCAACUCGCCGGCAAAUGAACCGUGGCCGGACGUGAUCGGGGUGGUGGUGAUUUUCCUCCUCACCGGGAUGUUCAUGCUGGGACUGGAAAAUACGAAAAUCUUCAGCUUCCUGAUGGUGUCCGGAGUGGUGGUGUUUGCCACGGUAAUUAGUGUCGUCGCUGGUUUGCGCGGAAACUUUGAGCUGUUCGCCAGCGAGGCCAUUCUUCCGAAGGGAGUCGUGGGUCUUCUUUCCGGCACGGCGCUGUCGUGCUUCGGCUUCUCGAACGACCUUCUCAACGGCAAUUACUGCAAACGACUGUUGGGAUUUGCUGUUGUUUUGGGGGUGUUGUUAUCAAACGAGCUAAUUGGUGCGUGCCUAACAGCGGUGAUAAAAUUUAGUACCACCCACGAGUACGAAGCCGUCCCGGUCUUGGCCAUCCUGGAGAACAAAGACUUUCACAAAGCGAUUCCGGCGGUGGCCUGCCUGCUGGUGUUGACUUGCUCCGGGGCACUCCUGGAGUUGUUCCCGGAAAUGUUCUAUCAGAUUGUUCAGUUGACCACUUCGGAUUGGAAGAUCCUGGCCAAACAGAUCGGCUACGAGAACAGGGACAGCGGAAGUCCGAUCCUGGCGGUGUUCACCGGGGGCAGCUUGUGUGCGAUGUUGGCCUUCGCUUGUCCGAUGGAGAACCUGAUGUACAUUUUGGCGGCUAGUCAUUUGAUGGCGGUUGUGCUGAGGGCGUUCUACUUGCUGUAUAUUCCACUAAGGCCGCAGUACAUGGAGCAGCAGAAUGAUUCCUCUUUGGCGUACAGCCGGCUUAAUACUGCUCCCAAACCCGCCCCAACUCAGUCGAGUUCAACCAAAACGAGAAAAGCGGUCUGGUUCUUCCGGAGACCAUCGGUAGCUUCCAGUGCUCACAGCGUGCUUGCCGGCAACCGUACGGCCAAGAACGGUCCCCGCGAAGAACACGAACGCGAAUGGCUACUACUGGGAGAACCUCCAUCGCCCAAGGUUCCGGACAGUCCAGCUAACAAUGUAGAAUCGACUGUUCUAUCGGAUCAGGUGUCCGACAUUGAGUGCAUCGCGCUGGCCAAACCGGAGAAUACGGAUAGCGACGAGGAGAGUAGCACCGACAUCGAUGCCAUCGUGGACGAGUACCGACAGAAGGUUAAAGUAUCGACGGCUGGCCCGCUGGACAACAAUACGCUGAGGCUUCCUUCGGCGACCAGCUGGAAGCUGACGGUGGUAUUCAUUGGACUGAUCGUCACGGGGUGCGUGCUGACGUCCACAGGGCUGAUGCUGUGGGAAACGAAUACAAUAAUUGUCGGAGUUAAUCUGGUCUUCAUUCCGUCCGCCAUUUUGAUGCUAUUUCCAAAGUACGACCAGACUACUUCGACCACGCCGUCAACACUCACAUGUACGAUAACGCUGCUGGGAGCAACCGUCUUGUAUUCUGCAUCAUUCCUCCAGUCAUGGCCUGCUUUGCUGUUGUGGUUUGUGGCAGGUCUCUUCCUAUUCAUCCGGUGCGACACGUGGUGCUGUCUCUGUCUGGAGCGUCCGCCAUCGACGCAGACACUGAUCGCUAGCGUUUCCGGAACCAGGACUACCAUCCGGGUGCCCCGACCUCCAAAAGGAUCCAUUAUUCCGUCGCGCAUUGCUGGCCACAGCUGACGACAGUCCGACAGUUCGGAAAGCGAAUUUUUCGACGAAGAGGACACGGUUGAGGAGUGGACCGACUGAUGGGUCUAAGUAGGCGUGGGGUUUGCAUAAUAUCAUCUCUUGACAGAGCAUUCUGGUUGUUUUGUGGACAUUUUUCUGAUCUAUUCACCCCGAUUCAUAAUCGCUGUUGCUCCAAAGGAAAACUGAUAACCAGAUACAUACGUGUGAUUUUACAAUAACAUUCGAAAACGAAUUAUGAAAAAGUAUAUAAUGCUGUUAACGAGAGAAUCAGAGGCCGAAAGACAAAAGGUAAGGAUAUAAAAAUGAUAAGCCAAUGUAAUUUCAGAAUAGAAAUUGAGAUGUAGCUAAUCAUAGCAAAAAAUAUCAAAACACUACGGCCCCGAGUACGUGAUGUCAAAUAUUUGACAAGAAAUGUACUAAAAAGUAAACAUCUGUUUGACACAGGUGAAUAUUCGAUCAAGUCAAACCAGAUGUUUGAGCAUUUAUUUGUUCUUGGUCAAAUAUUUCACCAUGUUGACUUAUUCUUCCCGAUCUUCUGUCUCUCGACCAUGCGUUCUUUAAUAAUAUUUGUCUUUCGACAUUUUGUCAUACAUUCGAAACUGUAAACCUUUACAUGUGAUACCAAAUGUGGAUUGUUAAAUAUAAGACCGAUUGAAUUCAAUUAAAGACGUAGUAUCGAAUAAUUUCUCUCUCAUGUCAAUUUAGAAGUAAUAAUAUAAACAAUGAAGAAUCUGCUAACAAAGGAAUAAGCCAGUUAAAUAGACAAGCAAUCAUUUCACCGAAAAGUAUUAGCUAGAUCGAACCUGGAAGAAUAGUUUCAAAGUGCAAUAAAAAGGACGAUACCAAAGCAAAAAAAAGUCUUAACAAAUUAGUCAGAUGUAGCAUUUUUACGAAGCAAGUUAAUUUCGAUUAAAUUUUAUUGCAAUAAUCAGUAGACAGCCUUAAGCUCAAUAACGGCAAUUAGGGGAGGUAUCUUAGAAUGCCUAUCGGCAAUUCAAACGUUAAAUAAGACUUGAUUUGCAGCCAAAGAGAUCACAUAUAGUAGUCGGUGAGAUAGUUUUGAGAAAAAAAAAGGAAAAUCUCACAAAGAAGCGGCCUUUCCGUAGCGAACAGUAAAUUUUAGAAACAGAACAACAGAGGACAUUAUUUUGAAAAAUCAUAGCUUAACCAGUCAGUAGUUUGCAGAUCGAAAAACAGAUUUUAAUAUAUUCGCGAAAUUCUUGCAGGUUUAACGAAGAGGAAGAGAACUAGGCCGUAGUUACGAAAUGUGAUUUGAACAAGUUUGCGCAAUGGAUGAAUUUU